UCAAUCAUCGGUUAACGUCGUGCGGUUAGACCCCCCAUUCAAUCGUGACAAACAUGGGUCGACGGUUUUCCACAGUUUUCCACACUCUGCUGCUAUUAACAAUCUCAGUGCUAGUGGUGCCAAAUUUGUCAGCGAAAUUUUCACGUGCCGUUACCGAUGAUGUAGAAUUUAUCACACCAAGCGGAAUUGGACCAUCGGCAUUCGGACCGCUGGGACCACACGGAUUUCGGGGGAUUGAAAUUUUACCCAGACCGGAACCGUCAUGGAGAGCGGGAGCUACUCUCGUUGCCGACAAUCCAGAACAGCAGAUAAUGGGUACCAUUUCGUUCAGACAGUGGGCACCGGGUCACAUCGAAACCAACAUCAAUGCCACCGGAUUACCAGUCGGGAAGCAUGCGGUACACGUGCACGCUUUCGGGGACAUGAAGGAAGGGUGCAAAUCGACCGGACCACAUUUCAGAAGCAGUAUUAUUGGUAACAUGGAGGUGAAGGAAGAUGGGAACGCCAUGAUCGACUUUCACAGCCCGUACAUCAACCUGUUCGGUUUUGCCGGAAUCGUCGGUCGGUCGAUUGUGAUUCACGAGAAAGCUUCCGAAAUUUACCGGUUUCCGGAUCUGUCAAUCAACAAUCCGGUGUCGUUCCAAAGCGAAGAGGAUACCGUUGGGGCACGGAUUGCCUGUGGAAUAAUUACUAUUUUGGAUAAUGUUUCGUGAGCAGGAUGCAGAACCAGUCGUACAAUCUUGCCGAGUAUCUAAAUUUAACUUCUAAUUGUAAAAGUCGAAGCAUAAUAUUGAGAAUGUAUUAUACACUUCCAUUAUAUAAACCAGAUCAUAUUUUUUAACCACAAAAUUUAAUCAUUUUUCUUAGUAAUUUAAACUGUGUUUAUAUUUUUAUGUUUAUGCAUACUUAAUUUCCUUUACCGAACUCAGCAAUAUUUUUAUCGACUUUUACUCAGUUGAACGUACCGCAUUCAGUAAUUUAUUUAUUGACGAACGUUCCGUAAAACUGAAGUUUGCUUGAGCUGUCAUUUUUCACUAUACUGAUCAGUAAUUUGAGAUGUGGAUUCGGUAAUAUUAUACUGUUUAGUCAGCACGGGAAGAUAACCGAACGUACCUUGAUUUAUUUCAGGAAACGGGUCAUCGACCUGAAAUAACACAGAUUUAAUUUAAAUUUAAUAUAAUUUAUAUAAUUAAAUUAAUAGUGUUUGCGGAUAUGUAAAGAGACAUGUCGUCUAAGCCUUUCUACAUUACCGAGAACUGCCUUCGGACAGAAAAAAAUGUGAUUGCAACCAUUUAUUGCUAAGAUGAAAUGUUGUAGAAAGAUUUAUAUUACUUACUGAAUAGUCCGAAUGACGAAGCAUAAAGACAUUGAACUUUGUUCAAAAUUGACUCCAAUUUACUCACUUUGUUAAAAUUUAACUAAAAUACAAUAUGGCGUGCUUGCGUAUAACAAUUGGAUUCGGCAUUUUUACCGAACGAUUCGUUAAAAGUUGAUAAACUGCUGAUCGUUCCAUAUACUGUUUCUUCCAAAUUUACCGAAUUAUUUCAAAGUUCAAAGUUUUCGGUAUAUGUAUUUUAGGCAACUGUUAUGACUACAUGUCAUUGGUUAACUGCUGCUGUAGCUGUUGCACUUUGCAUUAGACUACCUAGAGAAAACGAACAUACUACUAGAGAUAUGUACACAUGGAAAUAAAGAACACGUAUCAUAAA